GACCCACCAUCCCAUCCUCACAACAACUCUUAAGAAAAGGAUUAUCGUCAUCCUUUCUCAGAUGAGGAAAAAUCAAAGCUCAGAGAGGCUAGAUAAUGGGUCUGAGGUCACACAGCUAAGUUAUCGCAGCCUCAUAUCUGAAUGCAGAUUUGUCUGCCCCCUCCCUCCUACUGUGACCCUGAGGAGUGGUGGAUGGAGGACAGCUCAGAUGGGUUACAAACCUCCUCUGGGCUCAGCAUGGGUUCCCAGCUGCCUGAGACCUGGCCAUCUGACCCCAGAAGGAAGAAAGAACAUUUCCUCAAGGUAGAAAAGAAAAACAACUGGAAUUAAUCCAUGGGAUGAGGCAGAUAUUCUACGUGAAGCUCUGAACAAGCUCAGAAUGGACACAGCUGCAGAAGACAAAGACAUGCUUCAAAAAGAACUGCUGGAUAGAGACAGGUUUUUGGAUGAGUUUCCUAUGGUGAAAAUGGAGCUUGAGGAACGUAUAAGGGAGCUUCAUGCCCUUGCAGACAAGGUUGACAAGACACACAGGGACUGUACCAUCUCCUGCGUUGUGGCCAAUUCUGUCAGUGCCUUCUCUGGUGUCCUGACCAUCCUUGGCUUGGCUCUGGCACCUGUGACAGCAGGGGUCAGUCUGUCGCUCUCAGCAACUGGGAUGGGGCUGGGAACAGCAGCUGCUAUCACCAGUGUUUCCACCAGCAUCGUGGAGCACUCAAACAGGUUGUCAGCAAAAUCCAAAGCCAGCAAGCUUUUGUCAACUGGCCACUGUGAAGGUGUUGUGAAGGCUGUGCUUCGGAACACAGCCAACCUUGUUGACACCACAGUGAGGUGCAUCAGAAACUCGUCAAACAUCAAGAAGAGUAUGCAUGUCAUCAAGCUGGCCAAAGACAACCCUCACCUAGUAGCCGAUGCCAGGUGUCUCAUGACCACUGGGAAGAUCUCGAUCCAGAGUGGUAAGCAGGUGCAGAAAGCCUUUGGAGGCACCAUUCUGGCAAUGAGCAAAGGAGCCCGGGUUAUGGGUAUGGCCACCGCAGGUUUCUCUCUUCUGGUGGACGUGUUCAACCUUGUGCAAGAGUCAAAGCACUUGCAUGAGGGAGCGAAGGCAGAGUCAGCUGAAGAGCUGAGGGAGAAGGCUCGGGAGCUGGAGAGGAAGUUAGAGGAGCUCACCAAGAUCCAUAAGAAUCUGCAGUAGGGACUGACUCAAUGACCCCCCGAGCAGUGCUGGGAGCAGGGGUGGUUGUCACCAGUAUGGAAGCAUUUUAUUCGAGGGAAAAAGAGGUAGAGAUAAAAUACAGAACUGAGUAUUAAUGGAGUUUGACCUUUCUGUAGCAGACUAUGGCAAGGGAAGGGUUAGUGGAGAUGGAAGGUGGGUUUCAAGACAAGGCAGAAAAUGGAAUCAUGGAGGCUGGAUGUACGCCCAGAAUUGCCCUGAGAUAAUCUUUAAACCUUAAAUCAAAAAUAUCCUCUCAAGUCUUCUUAAAAAUAUCAAAUAGCUUUAACUUGUAAAGGUUGUCUGCCUCGAGCAUUGUGCUCUUUUGACAUCUAUCUAUAUGGGAUCAAAUUGCUAACAGUAACUCGAAAGAUUAGAUAGGAAGCUUGGGGGGCAGUAAGUUUAUGUGAACGCGAGAGGAACAACUCAGAA